GUUCGGGUCACUCACGAGGGCGUUUGUUUCGUUUAGUGUUCUUUCUAAUCGGUAUAUUGCUGUUAUCAGUGUGUUUUUAUGCUAUUAGUUGGAACUAGGAUUGAUAAGAGGGAGAUAUAGUGUUGUGUUCUGCGACGGAUCGACUUUGGUGCACGGAUCAUAUAAGUGCAACUCGGUGAUUUCAGUGACUGAGUUGCGCUUCAACUGAUUGAUACCUUCGGAGUUUACCCGUUUGCAAAAGAGAGGUGAAAUUAUGCAACUAACUAUAGAAGAGAUAUAGUUGUACCAGUGAUGUAAACAGAGAAAAAAUACACAGAGUCUUGUGAUCAAAGUACUGUGUAAUUCUGAGUGAAAAGAGGAAGGUGUAUGAGGAAAUUCGAUCAUACCAGAAGAUAAUUUCUUUUUCAAUAAGAAGCAGAAACCAUUCGUUGUUCUAUAGCAAUCAUAAUAGGGCAAGUGUUAGAAUAAGAAACACAAUACUUAAAUAGUCAUCAAACUAGUGCAAACAGGCAGUGGGUGUUUGUGUGAUAAGGCCACAUCCAAAAUAGUGCGACUUAAAAUCAGAAGUAACCGAAAACGAAACCAAAACCACAACAAACAGAAAAAAAACGUGAAUUCGCGAUGCUUACCGUCAAUGAACCGGUUCGGAACGGUGCGCUUUGGCGCGUCUUCCUUGUGCUGAGUGCUUUGGCGCACGUGGUGCACGGUGCCGUCAUAAUACAGAAGUAUCCGUUCGCCGCAGACAACCGACUGCAAUCUGAACUUCCACCAAGCUGUCCAAGCGAAAUCUACUGCCAUGGCAAGCUGCUCGAUACGGUACAGAUGGCGAGCAUCUACGAGGACUCGAAGACCUUCGUCGACAUGAAGAUGAAGAAGACGCCCAAUGAAACGUUGGCCGCGUUCAACGAUUUCAUGGAGCAGAAGAAGGAACAGCCCAACAAGCAGGAACUGCAGGAGUGGGUCGAGUCGAUGUUCGAAAAGCCGGGUGCCGAAUUCGAGGACUGGAUCCCGGAUGACUGGAUCGAGAGCCCGCGUUUUCUGGAGAACGUCAAGGAUUCCGAUCUGCGGGGCUUUGCCAAGAAGCUGAACGGCAUCUGGCACGAGCUGGGCCGCAAAAUGAUUGCGGAUGUUGGUAUCAAUCCCGAACAGUAUUCCAUUAUUCCCGUUGACCAUCCAGUGAUUGUACCAGGAGGUAGAUUUAGGGAAUUCUAUUACUGGGAUUCAUACUGGAUUGUACUGGGACUGCUCCAUUCGGAAAUGAAUAAGACGACCCGUGGAAUGUUGGAAAAUUUCCUUUCCAUUGUCCGGCGAUACGGUUUCAUCCCGAAUGGUGGUCGCAUCUACUACAGCAUGCGAUCGCAGCCUCCUCUACUGUGCGGAAUGGUCAAGUCCUACGUGGAUGCUACCAACGAUACUCAAUUUGCCAUGGAUUCCGUGGAGACACUGGAGCGAGAGUUUGAGUUUUUCAUGAACAACUAUAUUGUGGAAGUGAACGGACACCAACUAGCGGCCUAUGGAUACAAAUCGAACGGGCCACGGCCCGAGUCCUAUCGCGAGGAUGUGAUCAGUGCUCGUGUAUUCGAUAAGGAAGACGACAAGCAGGAUUACUAUUGCGAAUUGAAAGCAGCGGCUGAAAGUGGUAUGGACUUCUCCAGCCGAUGGUUCAUCAAGGACGGAACGAACAAGGGUAAUCUAACAGAUCUGAAGUGCCGAUCGAUCAUUGCCGUCGAAUUAAAUGCGAUCCUUUACUGGAAUGCGAAAAUCAUCUCGGAGUUCUAUGCACUCAAGAAUGACAUCCGGAAGGCACAGAUGUACGAAGCGAAAGCGGAUGAAAUCAAGAAAGCCGUUGAUGCAGUAUUAUGGAACGAGGAAGAGGGUGCCUGGUUGGAUUACGAUCUGAUCAACAAGAAACACCGGCACUACUUCGUUCCGACAAAUCUGUCGCCGCUCUGGACGGGAUGUUAUGAUAAGAAUGACACUAGCCUACCGAAAAAGGUCCUGGCGUACAUUGAAAAGAUGGAGCUGGACACGUACCCGGGAGGUGUUCCAAACACGCUGGCCGAUACGAACGAACAGUGGGACUUCCCGAACGUGUGGCCACCGAUGCAGCACAUGCUGAUCGUGGGCCUCGACGGAAUGGACAGUGCCGAAACGAAGGCGCUGGCAUUCAAGUGGGCCCAGCGGUGGGUGCGUGGCAACUACCUGGCGUACAAGGAUACGCGCGCCAUGUUUGAGAAGUACAGUGCAACCGAGCUAGGUGGCCACGGAGGUGGUGGCGAGUACGAGGUCCAAACCGGAUUUGGCUGGUCCAACGGUGCAGUCAUGGAUCUGAUGAACAAAUAUGGCGACCAGCUAACAACAGAUGACAGCAAGAACAAUGGAGGUGCUCUGGUGUCGUAUUCGGUAAACACAGGUAUCAUAGCAACGAUAGUCGCUUUCGUUGUUGGAAUAUUUGGGUUAGAAACAACUCGAUAGAAAUUUGUUCCGUAAUCUAAACAUAAGUGUGCCACUAAGAGCGAUGAGCUGUAACUCGCAAGCAUUCUUUUUGUGUCCAGAAGAAAGCGUGAUAUUAAAACCUAAAUGUUUUAUCUAGCAUGAUAGAUCCGUGAUAACACCAACUGUUGAACAUUCCUCGUUUCAUCGUUGAAACAAG